CCCGGAUUUAUAUUAUAAGGGCACAUUACUAUCCCCUGUGCUCCUACCAAUGGAAGUUUUCUUGCUUCCCAAAUAUCUACACCCGCUACAUUGUUAAAUCCACACCAGCAGCGUGGCUUUAAGAUAUGUCUGAGGCCAGCCAACACGGCAAGUGGAGCGUCUCCAGCAGCGAGGACGACGAUGAUGAGCUUCCUGCAGUCAGGACAUUGUCCAAGUCCCCUCAAGCGACCUUGUCAAACCACAGCUCGCUCUCUUCCCCCGUCCCCAAAGUAGAGGCCACCUCCGUGGAGGUGAAGCCGGAACCAUCUCCAACACCUACGCUCGUAAUCGGUUCUGAGGCCAGACAGCAGGCUGCAAAGAACCAAACAUUACCCGUCAAGUAUGACUCAUCUCCGUCUUUAGCUGGGAAAAGGAAGCUGGACGUGUCAGACGGCUCUGGCUGGGCGCUGUCUGACAGCGACGAUGAUGAUGAUUCUGGAAAGAAGAAUAACCCACCACCAGUGAGGAAGGCGCCUAGUCCCAAACGCAAGAAAGUGGUGGACGAACGCCCUCCCAGCCCCCACGGACGCGUCUACUACGUUGACGAACCCGAUGACUUCUUCGAGUCCAGCGUUCCCCGCCUAGAUGACAUGUUUCGGUUCUACCUCAACAAGGUGACAGGCCUGGACAGGAAGUACAACAGUGGCGCCCUGCACAUCAGAGAUGUCCUCUCACCAUUAUUUGGCACCUUAAAAGAGUCUGUUCAGUUUAACUACUGCUUCGACCUUGCCUGGAUGGUUCAGCAGUAUCCUCCAGAGUUCAGGGAUCGUCCCGUACUGAUCGUCCAUGGGGACAAGCGGGAGGCCAAGGCUCGGCUGGUGCAGCAGGCUCAACCCUUCCCUCAUAUUCGUUUCUGCCAGGCCAAGUUGGAUAUCGCUUUUGGCACGCACCACACGAAGAUGAUGCUGCUGUGGUAUGACGAGGGCUUCCGAGUCAUCAUCCUAACCUCCAACCUCAUCCGAGCUGACUGGUACCAGAAGACGCAAGGGAUGUGGAUGAGUCCUCUGUUUCCACGCUUACCAAAAGGCAGCAGCGACACUUGCGGCGAGUCGCCCACCUUUUUCAAGAGGGACCUGCUGGAAUAUUUGGCAUCGUAUCGGGCGCCCGAGCUGGAAGAGUGGAUCCAUCGGAUCAAAGAGCACGACCUCUCGGAGACCAGGGUGUAUCUGGUGGGCUCCACCCCUGGCAGAUAUGUGGGGCCAGACAUGGAGCGCUGGGGCCACCUGAGGCUCAGGAAGUUGCUUUACGAGCAGACCAACUGCAUCCCCGGCGAGGACCAGUGGCCCGUGGUGGGCCAAUUCUCCAGCAUCGGUUCUAUGGGAGUGGACAAAACCAAGUGGCUGGCGGGGGAGUUCCAGCGAACCCUCACCACGCUGGGCAAAUCGUCUCUUCGGCCCGACCCUCCUGUCCACUUGUUGUAUCCAUCAGUGGAAGAUGUCAGGACAAGUUUGGAAGGCUAUCCUGCUGGCGGCUCGCUCCCCUACAGCAUCCAGACAGCGCAGAAGCAACUCUGGCUGCACUCCUACUUUCACCGAUGGCAGGCGGAUUCAACCGGGCGGACUCACGCCAUGCCCCAUAUCAAGACGUACAUGAGGGUUUCACCCGAUUUCACUCAGCUCGCAUGGUUCCUUGUCACCAGCGCCAACCUGUCCAAAGCAGCGUGGGGGGCUUUGGAGAAGAACAACACACAGGUGAUGGUUCGAUCCUAUGAGCUCGGCGUCCUCUAUGUGCCCUCAGCCUUUAACAUGAAGACGUUCCCGGUUCAGAAAAACCCGUUUCCCGUCUCGUCGUCAUCUUCUGGUUUUCCCGUGCCAUUUGAUCUACCCCCGACAUGCUACACCCCUAACGAUCAACCUUGGAUCUGGAACAUUCCAUACAACAAGGCUCCAGACACACACGGCAACGUUUGGGUUCCUUCCUAAGAAUGUGGACACUUAUACUUUUUAAUGUUUUAUACUUGUCCUUGACACCGUCACAUUUCUGUUACUUGUAUGCUCUUUUCAUAUUUUUGUACAUUAGAUAAUAAAAUAGCGUGUUAGUUGAUCACAUGAUAUCAACCCA